GUGCAGCAAGAAGAGUCAGAAGAAAGUACGGAGGGCCACACGGCAUGUGAAGACCACAAUGCUAGCAGCAGAGGGCUGGACAGUGAGGAUGACUCUGAAGAAGGAUCCAGACAAGAAGGUUCGCUGGCCUGGAAUGAGCUGUCCAUUAUGGAGCGACUGGGCCCCAACAGUGUUGACAUGACGGAAGAAGACUUGGAGAAUGCCUUUUCCCAGCUGGCCUUGGCCUUCCGCUGUGAUCAGUACACGCUGGACCAGAGACUGCAGGCAGAGGAACAUGCUCGCAACAAUGCUGAGGAGAACCUGAUGCUGGAAGUAGAGCGAGGGACAAGACCUGCUGGAGGCUCUGAAGGGAAUGUGUUUGGAUGUAAAGCGGGCAAAAGUGAUACAGAGUUUAGAACUGUGUCUGAACAUUAUUAGAGGCACCAUUGAGCGAAUUGCGAACACAGCUGAAGUGCUUGGGGCCGUCCACCAGGUAAGCGUAGUGUCUGCUGACACCAUGUG